AUGAACACAAUCGUCUUCGGUACCCCUCGCCAAAGGUUACUCAACGUUUCAGGCACGUACACCCCUUCUGCCCGCCUCUUAGAGCCCCUACUGACGCCCCCAGGCCACCCCUCGGCGAAUCCGCUACUGCUGGCAAUCGAGGCCGCAAGCGAGCCCAACAGCUACCUACUACUGCUCAUAAACGCGUUGGAAGGCCCUCAAAAAGAGCCCGAACGGAUACGUCCUCCCCUACAGAUUCCUCCCAAGCCAGCGGUGGUGCACCCAGCGAUGCUACCUCCCAAGAGAUACCCCCAAGACGCGUCUUCCUCCCCUACCCAGGAGGAUCUACAACAGGCGAAUGCGGAGAACACUGCGGAGAACAUUGCGGAGACAGUCAUCAGCAGCAGUGACACAACAGGCCUACUCUCCACGGUCUCACAUCAAUCCACUCAGCCAGUGCAAGAGAAGUCAAUACAGCAGGCGAAUGCGGAGAACACUGCGGAGAAACCAAGCGGCAACAAGGCCCCCAGCACCAAGAACACGGCUCAGCUCUCCAAGAUCCCACGUCAUAUGCUCUCCACGGUUCCACAUCAAAUCAUCACUCAGCAAGCGGAGAACACCACUGCAACUUAG